CUAUUGUUUUACCUCAACUGUUGACUUUACUAAUUCUGCACCAACUGACAAUUUUGCUAAUUCUGCAUCAACUAAUAAUUUUGGUAUUAACAUUAAUUUUAUAUCAGUAUUAACUACCAAUUCUGCAUCAACUACCAAUUUCAUAUCAACUGCCAAUUUAGUAUCAAUUAACAAUUUAGCAUCAACUACUGAUUUUAUAUCAACUGCCAAUUCUGCAUCAACUGCUGAUUUUGUAUCUACUAUAUCAAUUUCUGAUAAUCAACAAGUAUCUAAAAAGACUAUUGAUUUGCUAAAAGAAAUUAAAACAAUUUGCAAUAAAGUAGGUCAUAUUCAAACUAAUAAUGACUUGGCUUUUUUUGUAAAUCAACUAAACAACAAAUAUCCUUUAUCUCAAAAUGAUAUUGAUAACCUUGCAGCUAUAGCAACCAAAGAAAGACCAAGUGGUACUAAAUGA